UGUAUGGCGACGAUUGAACAAAAUCAUUAGACGCCAAUUUGUAAUUGUCAAGUAUGGGUAACGGCGUUGCUGUCCUCUAUUGACUUGAUUCACCUUCACUUGCAUGUGUUUGUUGUUAUAAACGCCCUACUCAUUCUUCACCAAUUUCCACAAUCACCUGCUUCUGCUUCAAUUUCGCUACUCAUAUUCCACCAGAAGAGAUUGUGGGAUUUUAUUUGCAACAAUGGCAACCGGAGCUGUUCCAGCUUCCUUUAUGACUUUAAAGGGCAGAGGCAACGGUUUAGGGCUUGCAAAAACCUCAGAUUUUGUUAAAGUUUCAGAUCUGAAGAGGGUUAAGUUUAACAGAACUAAGGUUUUCGUGAUCAAAAAUGCAAAUCCUGCUUCAAAUAUUACAGAGCUCCAGCCUGCUUCUGAAGGGAGUCCUUUGUUGGUUCCUGUACAGAAGUAUUGUGAAUCCACACAUAAAACCGUCAGGAGGAAAACCCGCACAGUAAUGGUUGGAGAUGUAGCUCUUGGUAGUGAUCACCCAAUAAGAAUUCAAACAAUGACCACAACUGAUACCAAGGAUGUGGCUGCAACUGUGGAACAGGUCAUGCAAAUAGCUGAUAGAGGAGCUGAUCUCGUUAGAAUAACAGUGCAAGGGAAACGAGAGGCAGAUGCAUGUUUUGAAAUCAAGAACACCCUUGUUCAAAAAAAUUAUAACAUACCUCUAGUGGCAGACAUUCAUUUUGCUCCUUCAGUUGCACUACGGGUUGCUGAAUGUUUCGAUAAAAUUCGUGUCAACCCUGGAAAUUUUGCUGAUCGACGGGCCCAGUUUGAGACGUUGGAGUAUACAGAUGACGAUUAUCAAAAGGAACUUGAGCAUAUCGAGAAGGUUUUUGUCCCGUUGGUUGAAAAAUGCAAGAAAUACGGAAGGGCAAUGCGCAUAGGAACAAAUCACGGGAGUCUUUCGGAUCGUAUCAUGAGCUACUACGGUGAUUCUCCUAGAGGCAUGGUUGAAUCGGCAUUUGAGUUUGCAAGAAUUUGUCGAAAACUAGACUUCCAUAAUUUCGUAUUUUCAAUGAAAGCAAGCAACCCAGUGAUCAUGGUUCAAGCAUACCGUCUUCUUGUAGCGGAAAUGUACGUUCAGGGUUGGGACUAUCCGUUGCAUUUGGGAGUUACGGAAGCUGGUGAGGGUGAAGACGGACGAAUGAAAUCUGCAAUUGGUAUCGGGACACUUCUUCAGGAUGGUCUUGGUGAUACGAUUAGGGUUUCCCUUACCGAACCUCCGGAGGAAGAAAUCGACCCGUGUAGGAAAUUGGCUAAUCUUGGUAUGAAAGCAUCGCAAAUUCAACAAGGGGUGGCACCAUUUGAAGAGAAACAUAGACGUUAUUUCGAUUUUCAAAGAAGAACCGGCGAUUUGCCUGUGCAAAAGGAGGGUGAAGAGGUGGAUUACAGAGGCGUACUACACCGUGACGGCUCUGUUCUCAUGUCUGUUUCACUGGAUCAACUGAAGACACCUGAGCUCUUUUACCGAUCAUUAGCUGCAAAACUUGUGCUUGGUAUGCCAUUUAAGGAUCUUGCAACCGUAGAUUCUAUCUUAUUGAGAGAGCUUCCACCUGUAGACGAUAAAGAUGCUCGGCUAGCUCUUAAAAGGUUGAUUGAUGUAAGUAUGGGAGUUAUAACUCCUUUAUCAGAACAAUUGUCAAAGCCUUUGCCAAACGCGAUAGUCUUGGUAAAUCUGAACGAGUUAUCAACUGGAGCUCAUAAGCUUUUACCAGAAGGCACACGUUUGGUGGUGUCGGUACGUGGUGAUGAGUCCUAUGAGGAGCUAGAAAUUUUAAAAAGCAUUGAUGCGACAAUGAUUCUUCAUGAUCUGCCGUAUUCAGAUGAAAAAACUGGCAGAGUGCAUACUGCAAGGAGGCUAUUCGAGUAUCUCUCUGAAAAUUCAUUGAACUUCCCGGUUCUUCACCACAUACAGUUCCCGAAGGGAAUUCCUAGGGAUGAUUUGGUUAUUAACGCGGGUGCAAAUGCUGGUGCACUUUUAGUUGAUGGACUUGGAGAUGGUAUUUUAUUAGAAGCACCAGAUCAAGAUUUCGAAUUUCUCAGAAAUACGUCUUUCAAUUUGCUACAAGGAUGCAGGAUGCGAAACACUAAAACGGAAUACGUCUCAUGCCCAUCUUGUGGUAGAACUCUGUUUGAUCUUCAAGUGAUAAGUGCGGAAAUUCGAGAAAAAACAUCACAUCUGCCUGGUGUUUCGAUUGCAAUUAUGGGAUGCAUAGUCAACGGACCGGGAGAGAUGGCCGAUGCAGAUUUCGGAUACGUCGGUGGUGCUCCUGGAAAGAUUGAUCUUUACGUUGGGAAGACGGUAGUACAACGAGGAAUUGCAAUGGAGGGUGCAACCAAUGCAUUGAUCCAACUAAUCAAAGAUCAUGGACGCUGGGUCGAUCCUCCUGCUGAAGAGUAAUUGACUAAUAGGAGUGAGUAUAUGUGGCGUGGAUUAAAUAAAGAACCGGAAAGUAUUGUUGUAAUGUUACUAAACGUAGGCGCACAAUAUUAUUUAAGGUAAUAUUAUUUUGUUAUUAUUAUUAUUAUUAGUAAUGUACGAGGAAAACAUCAAGUGAAAGAUUUACAUACUGUAAUGGAAAAUGUUUGACCGAACAUUUUUUUUCCA